AUGGGGCACCACAAUCGGCAUUUCGCCGGUGACCGCUACGCGCUAAGCGGCGCCUGGAGCCCGCCGACAAGCACCGCCAACUUUUGCGAAGAGGACUACGCCGUCACCAGGUAUCUAGCCGAGUUCAUAAACACGCUGACGAACCUGAUCUACGUCUACCUCGCCCUGCGCUACAUGUAUAGCGGCCCCAAAAGCCGCGGGCUCUUCGCGCCAAGGACAGACUUCAUGUCCCACUCGCUCCUCGUGCUCGGCGUGGCCUCGUUCGCCUUCCACGCGACCCUGCGGCAGACAAUGCAGUUCGCCGACGAGCUGGGCAUGCUCGGGAUCGUGUGGUCGCUGCUGCAGGGCCUGCUGACGGUGUCGCAUGCCUCUUCCUCAUCCCCAUCCUCGUCCUCAUCCUCAACCUCAACCUCACCAUCGCCAACUCAAAACCGCAGCAAACAGCUCAAAACAAACACAGCCCUAACCCUAGCCUUCACCCUCUUCGCCGCCUUCUACGUCUGGACGGGCAAGAUAAUCUACCACGCAACAGGCUUCUGGCUAAUCCUCGCGCUGAUCGGGUUGCGAGGCUACCACCUCCUCUACCGGCACGCUCCGCCAUUCGCCCCUGAAAAACGGCGCGAGUGGGCGCGCCGCGCCGCUCGGGCGCUCGUCGUGCUGGCUUCGGGGUAUAUCCUCUGGCAAAUUGACCUCGAGUACUGCGCCGAGCUGCGGGCGCUGCGCGCGCGCGUCGGCCUGCCCUGGGCCUGGGCGUUUGAACUGCAUGGCUGGUGGCACAUCCUGACCGGGAUCGCGGCAGCGCGGUUCAUGGAUAUCGUGAGGGAGGUGCGGACGGAGUUGGAGAAGGAGAAGGAGAAGGAGGUGUAA